AUGGUCGUUCUAGUGUUUUAUGGGAAAGAAGAUUCUUACUGGUGGGUGUUAUGUGUUGAAAAAGUUUUCAAAGAGCAAGGAACACCUAAUACAAUGAAGUUGUCGAAAGCUGUGGCGAAAUUAUGUGGUUGUGUUUUCCGCUGGUGGCUAUGGUGGUCUCAAUGUCAACCACCAACAACUUGGGAUUCACUCGCCACUGUGUUUCUGUGGCAUUUUAAACCCGAAUGGCGAGAAAUUUUACUGAUUGAAGAGGAGGAUGAGCCAGUUCUGGAUUCAAUGAAAUUCAUCAAGAAAACUUCCUUUUUUUGA